AUGCCAAAUGGGGCGAGAGCCGCACAGUCCCCCAAUGAGGCACCGCCGGCCCAGUACUACGACCUGGCGGACCGCCUAGUCAGCGCGCUGGGCGCCGCGCUAGACACGGAGGAGAGCGGCGCCAGCGAGUCGGCGUUGCGCCGCAGCGCCGACCCCGCGCGCGCCGCCAUCCGCGAGUUCACCGCCGACUGGGCGAGCGCGGCGGGGGACGCCAGCCACGUGGCGCUGUCCGCCGCCAUCCGGGAGCUGGCGGAGCACUACCGGCGGGAGGGGCAGCGAGCCCGCCUGCCCCGCCAGGUGGUGCAGAGCAUACGGCAGAAGCUGGAGCAGGCGCGGCAGGCAGUGCAGAGCGCACCCUCCCGUCAGCUGCUCGUGGAUGGCGGGGUCAAGGCCUGA